UGCUGAGUGUUGGGUGGACACUGGAUCUGAACAAAGACUCUGAGGAGCUAUCCCAGGGCCUGCCCUUCAUCAGACACAGACAGCAGGCAUUGCAGGCUGGAAGAAGCACUGUUUCUGCUGCCAUGACAACCAUGCAAGGAAUAGAACAGACCAUCAUAGAGGUGGUCCCUGGAGAUGUUCAGCCCUCAGAGAAGUCUGUUAUAAGGUCACAACUGUGGAAAGAGAGCACAGAGAAAUUCUUGAAGGGGGAACCCAAAGUCCUAGGGGUUGUACAAGUUAUGAUUGCUCUCAUAAACCUCAGCUUGGGUGUAAUAAUGAUGAAUUUAAAUCAUUCCCUGCUAAUCUUUUCAGUAUACAUAUGGGCCCCAGUUUGGGGGUCAAUCCCGUUCAUGCUCUCAGGGUCCUUGUCCAUUGCAGCAGCAGUGAGAACUACAAAGGGACUGGUCAUCAGCAGUAUAACUUUGAACACCAUUAGCUCUGUGGUGGCUGCAGCAACAAGUAUAAUAGGUUUCAUGAGUGUGGUUUCGAGUGCAUUUGAUAUUCCUUAUACAGUCAGAAUUCUUGUGGGUAUGGAUGCUUUGAUGUUCAUUUUAAAUGUGCUAGGAUUCUGCGUUACUGUGUCCAUUGCUGCCUUUGGGUGUAAGGCAUCCUGUUGUACCUCCAGUGAGGUUGUGGUAGUUCUGCCAGCAAAUCCUGCUGUGUCAGCAGCAGCACCUCCCAUGCCACUGCAACCAUUGGUACCACCAGUAUACCAACAACAAGAUGUUCCAGAAAAUCUAUACAAGAGUCCCACUGGAGGAAGAGUCCAAUUCUGAUUUGUGUGUGUGUGUGUGCGUGUGUGCAUGCCUGCAUGCAUGUAUGUGAUUUCAGAAUCAUGUUCUCAUUGUUUUUUUCCCCCUGAGAAAUUAAUGCUUCAUUGCACUGGCUUUUGGUUGGAGUA